CCGAGUUGAUUACGCUAUACGCUUCGUAUACAAGCAGGUUCAUUUCUGCAUCCAGAUAUUGCCUGCAUCACACGCGCAGAACAGGGGGGUUGGCAUCGGGGACAAAAUUAGGGUGGCAGUCAAACAACUCGUUUUCCCCCCGAGUCUAGUGCCAUGCACACGCAAAAGGUGUCGUGGAUGAUUCAGAGCUGCACAAAUAAUUGAUUUGUGAGGAGGAAAUCAUUCAGAUGGCGGGGAGUGGCUUGGAUCGCUACAGAGAUGUCCUGGACACAACAAAUAGCUCCCUCGUUUAGGUAGAUCGACUUCCGGAAGCGGAGAGGAGAGGAAAGAGAGAGAGCCCGUCUUGUUUUGUGCUUCUGGCAGUGAUGUAUGGCUACGGGGAAGCGAUGCGUUUGCGUAGGUGACGCACCAGUGAUCGCUAGUUGCUUUUUCACGGUGGCCCGUCAAGCGAGAAGGCCAAUUGGUUUUUUCCCCACACGAAAUUGAUGCAUAACUGAGUAAAAAAAAUUGUCAGUGUGGUGGAGCUGCGUCCAUUGUGCGGUUGUCUGCUGUUUGCGGGGAUAUUUCUUUUUCAGUACAUUUCGUUUUGUGUGGCAACCAGCGGGGUAAUAUACAGCAGAAAGGAGUCACUCUGCUCCAGGGCUCCACGACAGCAGGUAACAGCCAAUGUCUUACAGGAAACAGUGAAUCUGUACUGUGGGAUAAGUAGACUGCUCUCGUGCGUUUUAAACCAAAGGGAGGAUCCUAGAAUAUUUAACUGGAAUUUCUGUGUGACAGGUUGAUGUCCAUUUUUUUCUAUUUUCAAAGAUGAACGAGCAACGAAGCGAGACGGGUUUAAAUUGGUGCUCGGCGGACUGCGUCCAAAGCUACAAACGGGAUAGAGAUUGUGGAUACGAUAGUGCCGACAGUUCAGCAGCGGUGAUCAGUGGGUCAGGUGCGCAGCAUCGUCUCCGGCGCUUGCAUCAUCGCGGGUGCAUCAGGAGUGAGGACAGGCAGAGCAGCUUCUGUCAACGGACCGGUGGCAAGAGCGGUGCCGGACCCCUGGUGACGAGGUCCGCUAGCCCUUGCCCGUCGUGUGCCGGCCGGGGUCGGCGUCCCGAUGAAGCAGCCGGCAUGGCCGGCGGGAGGUUAAGCGCUGGGACCACUGCGCCGAAUUGGCGCGAGGCCAGACGGAUUCGACCCCGGAGUAUGAUUCAUUUGGAAUUGGGCGCGUUGGUUUGCCUCCAGAGGUGGUUUACUGUGGCCGUGGCGUGGAUGUCGUCACGUCUGUUCUCCGGAGGUUGGAUAGUUUAUCUUUUCUGCUACCUCAUACUUCUCCAUAGCGGUUGCUCCCUCUCACACGCGUGGGAGAAUCCACGCCAGUCACAUCACAGGACCGAUGGAACAAAAGGAGACGUCAAGACGGUGGAACAAUACCUACAGGAGAACUUUCCCGAGAGAUUCAACGAAACCCAGGAUAUUUUGCCCGGAAUAGCAAACGACAGUCCCAUUAACAACAGAGUCAGACUAGGAAGAGCUGGCAAAUCCAGAGUGGCAAACACAAAUUACAACAUGAGGCUAAUCGACAAGGAGAGCGCCCGGGCAAGUUGCCAGCCACGUGACACCGUCCUAGACAGUUACAAGGAACUUGACAUUGCCAAGGGCUUCGAGACCAGGGUCUUCCCAGAGUGCAUUGUGGUCCAGCGCUGUAAAAAUGGCGGCUGUUGCCGUGACGACCAGGAGUGCCAACCGCUUCGUAACGGCACACGGAACGUGCUGAAACUGUUCCUGAUCGAUGCCGUGAUCCAGAGGAGGUACAUCAAGGAGGACUUUGCCUGCGAGUGCGUGGAGAAGCCAGACUUCUGCUCCCCGCCGGAGACGGAGUGCCCCCACGGCAAGACCUGGAGCCACGGUCAGUGCGGCUGCAGCUGCCGGAAGCGCUGCCCCAAACCCUUCCUACAGGACGAGUCCACCUGCGCCUGUGACUGCUUGACCAACAACCGGGUCUGCAAGAACAUCCAACGAGGCCGCAAAGAUCAAAAACUCGCUGUGGAAGAGUGCGAGUGUGUUAAACAAGGAACAUGUGCCACGCCCAACUGCGCCAACGGAAGAUUUUCCCUGAACAAGUGCAAGUGCGUGCAGGAGGAGAGGAGGUGGAGUUAGCUUCCCGUCGCUGCUCUCUGUCCUUCCCUCUGCCCCUUCGGCCAGUAAAGUCUGUCCGGAAGUCUGGAAGAACUGUCCUGUGCCUAUAUCGGAAUGCUUGGCUUGGACGGACUGAUGGUGUGCCCGGGCGAUGGAGUUGGAUACUCUGCACCCCGCCAGCCCGUCUUACUGUCUGUGAAUUUCGAAUAUCUUCGUCUAACUGGGAAAUGGGCAAGUGGUUAGACAGUCUCCCAGAUUUCACUGGCUGCAAGAUUUUGUUGUAUUAUCCAAAGCACAUACUCACCAACAGUAGCGUAACUAGGGGGCGGGACACGGGUGGUACACCCACCCCUAUGAAAUAUCUGUGCCACCCAGGCGCCUCGUAAAGGAAGUAUUUUCCAUUGUUAAACAGGGCCUGUAGCGGCUUCUGAAAGUCUCAUAUUAUUAUCGAAGCAUAUGUUGUGACAUCAUCUCGGAUAGAAAAUGUGCUAAAAGCUAUAGGUGAUUGAUUCAUGUCAGCUGACCAUAUCAGCUGACAGCAUUCGGACACGCUCGGGUAUCACAGAUAGGAGUGUGCAAGCAGCUUGUUCCAUAAGCCCAGGUCCGCCUUGCUUUUUCAUGCAUACGCGUGUACUCCAACCAGAGCCCCACUAAAAGAUGCUGCAUCCCUCAGCUCCGCGAUAGUACCCUAGUUACGCCGCUGGUCACCAUUUCAACGUGUCCAAGACGACUACUGCUAACUUCACACGGAAAAUCGAGCAUUUAGCCUGGGCAAUAUUUCUAACCUACCAAGCUGGAAAUGACUCGUUAGUCUCUGAUCUAAUAUACAUCGAGAAAUUGAAGGUUAAAUGCAUAACUACAGCUUUCCGUCACGUUAACACUGAACAUAAAAACUUGGUCAUUUGCAAGCGUGCGUUUCAUCAAGGGGAAAGGCACAUUAUCUUUUUGCCCGAUUCUAUUCUCUCACAUCAAUAUGACAAACAGCAACUGCUGUGGUAACGAGAUAGCCUUACCGUGUACUUAUCGUAGAGGCUGUAGUAAUGUAGAGUUGAGGUGGGAUAUGUUAUGGUGCUUAUAGGUGUUUCAUCAUUUUAUUAUUAUUUUUAAUACGAUUUCGUAUGUAUUCUGUAUAUUCUGUUACGAAAUGUAAUUAUUGUUAAGAAAAUAUGAGUUCUGAAGUUGCAUUUUAACUGUAAAACACUAAUUAAAACAGAUAUACUAAAUGAUAAAAAGUGUACUCAUAUCAAACGGGAUCAAGUAAUGAGAAGUACUUUCAUAGAUAAGAUAGCAGAUUGUAUAUUUAAUUUAGACUGUUAUUCCUCCACACCAUUAACGACAACAAAGUAAAGUUGAUUUGUACAGCAAAAAUGACUGAACAUAGAAGAACUGGGAGAAUCCCGAUGACUGUGCCUUUUUGUCUGAAAUUGAUAAUUUAGUUUAAGUAUAGCCCACGCACGAUACUCACACUACGAAUGGUAUCCUCAGAACUUUGGCGUUGUUUGAUUAACUGUAGGCCUACUGUAGGCAGACACCAGUGUCACGUGACUAUUGCGUGUGACGCUUUCCCAAUAUCGGAAAUUCCAAGCGAAACGCCAAAACUAAAUACAAGCGAAAUUUAUAUGUAAAUUUCGUAGCUCCUGACAUCUUGCGUAGGCCGUAUAGGCAGUGUGCCUCAUUCAUUUAGAAUUCGGCCCUGUUGAUAUAAAUGUGUUGUAUCUUUCUAGAGGGCGCUCCUUAACUGGGCAGCACGUGGGGGCACAAUGGUCGAGUUCAGGCGGCCGGUUCUUAACACGGGUUUCUUGUUCUCGCGCUCGAACGGUGGGAACACAACCCAAGAACACUGUUCCCGGAAUAGGAUCACACACCACCUCCUCGUUAGGGUUUUACAGGAACACAUGGAAAAACUCGCGAGAUUUUGAUUUUUGAACAGUCGAAAAAGAUAGCGAGAUAGCUCACAGAGCCGGAGACAAUGGGAAGUUUUACAAAAUUAACAAUAAUCAUUUUCCAUAGCAAAAAAAA